UGACGUUUCACUGCGUCCUCUACGUAGGUCUAGAGGAAAGAAGCAUGGCCGCUGUGUUGAGAGGGUCUCGGUACAUAGUUGGAAGGUGUUGCAGAAAUGUCGACUUUGCGUUUGUCUCCACAAGGUCUAUGGCCUCUAAGACACAGGUGGGGUUUGUUGGUCUGGGCAAUAUGGGAAACCCGAUGGCAAAGAACUUGCUGAAGCACGGUUACCCAGUCAUUGCUACUGAUGUUUUCCCGGAGUCCUGCAAGGAGCUGCAAGAGCUGGGAGCUCAGAUUGUGGAUAAUCCUGCUGAAGUAGCAGACAAGGCUGACCGCAUUAUAACUAUGCUCCCCUCUAGUCCCAAUGUGAUAGAUGUGUACACUGGACCCAAUGGCAUUCUCAAGAAGGUGAAGAAAGGCUCUCUGCUUAUUGACUCCAGCACCAUUGACCCAGCUGUUUCUAAAGAGAUGGCUGCAGCUGCGGAGAAGACAGGGGCAGUUUUUAUGGAUGCACCAGUAUCAGGAGGUGUGGGUGCUGCCAGUUCUGGUAAACUGACUUUUAUGGUCGGAGGAGCAGAAGAAGAAUUUACUGCAGCCAAAGAACUUCUGAGCUGCAUGGGAGCCAAUGUGGUGUACUGUGGUCAGGUUGGAACUGGACAGGCUGCUAAGAUCUGUAAUAACAUGCUUCUGGCGAUUGGAAUGAUAGGGACUUCAGAGACGAUGAACUUGGGAGUCAGACUUGGUCUCGAUCCUAAACUUUUGGCUAAGAUCCUGAACAUGAGUUCGGGUCGGUGCUGGUCCAGUGAUACCUACAACCCUGUGCCCGGAGUCAUGGAGGGAGUCCCCUCUGGGAAUAACUACCAGGGGGGCUUCGGCACUCAGCUCAUGGCCAAGGAUCUCGGCCUUGCACAGAACACAGCCACCAACACGAAGACUCCGGUCCCUCUCGGCUCUUUAGCCCAUCAGAUCUACCGUAUGAUGUGCGCGCGUGGUUAUGCCAAUAAAGAUUUCUCCUCAGUGUUUCAGUUCCUGCGUGAGGAGGAGGGCCAAUAAUAUCAGCCUCCACCCCGUCCACAGCCGUGCCAGGCCUGGCCCUGCACAGGACUUAUAGCGUAGUUAGGGUGCAACUCACCCUGAGGACUGUAUUCUUUCUUCCAAGGUUGUAAAAGACAAUGAGGCCUACAGAGCUCCAACACAGCGUGACAGAUCAUGAGUGCACUUCUCCUAUAUAGGAAAUCAUGUUUUUUUUUUUUUUUGUUAAAUUGCAACACUCCUUUUCAGUUUUUAGAAAUUAAGAAUCGUCAGAUACAGAGAUGAUGUUUGACAGUGACAGUUUGAUGGGAGUCUGGUGUUUUGAAGAUAACUCAUUAUCUCUUUUUUUUUCACGGCUAAACAGAUGCAGAGUACGGUUUAGUCUCCACAUAUUUAUCUAUUGUUUGUGAUCUUUUCUUCAUGUUGUGUUUCUGUUCGGGGGUUAUUUUUCUUGAUUUUGGAAAUGUUACUUUGGGAUAAGAGUGUUAUAUCAUAUCCUGUUAAGAAAUAAAGACAGAUUGGUAUGUCUUAAA